UGACACACAGGUCGCUCCUGGAGCCAGCGCAAUAAAAAACAUUAGCAGGCGAUGACAGCAGGGUUUACUGUGAACCGGGACCGGGUCUUAAUAAAGUUUAGAACCACUGUUGUUUAAGCGUGCAGCGGUUAACAUCCUGAUUGAAUCCACCUUUAAAAUUAAAAAAAAAACCUCGGUAAAAUCCCGUUUUCUACGCAUACGUCGGCCCUGAAUGGCUAAACUACCAGGAAAUGCAGGUGUUUCGGUGCUCGGGGACAAGUCGUUGGAGUUUUACCGGGACCCGGUGGGCUUCUGCCGGCAGAGGAUCGAGAAACACCGGAGCAGAGUGUUUCAGUGCCGGCUGCUGAACAGACCGACCGCCUUCCUCUGCUCCGUGCAGGGGAUGAGAGAGCUGCUGUCUGAGAAGUCCAGCUUGUUUCUGAAGGAUCCAACUGACUUGAUGACCAACAUGUAUGGAGACACCGUUGUCACUGCUAAUGGUGAGGAGGCAUGUCUUCUGCGUCUGUCUCUUACCAGCCUGUUCGCAGGAAGUUGUUUGGAAUCAUCAAGUGAUUAUAUCACCAGUGUAUGUGAGCGCUGUCUGAAGGACCUUUCUCUUAGUGGCCAGCCAGCAUGUGUGUACUCUGCCUUUAAGCGUCUUGGGACAGAGUUGGUUUUGGGCCUGUUUCUGAACGUGCAAGCGGACGAGCAGCCUGAACUUUACCAGGAAAUCGUACAGCUCUGCACCCAGCAUUGGCAUGGUUUGAUCUCUGCUCCGGUGAACGUGAAGGUUCCCCUGUGGUCGUCGGGUUUCUCCACCGCUCUGGAUGCCAGAGACAAACUGAUGGACAUCAUCAAAGAUAAACUGGAGAAUGACAAGCAGGGUUUUGUCGGCCGUCUUGGCUCUCUGCCACUGCCGGACUCCAACUCUGCCUCCCAGCAUCUCCUGCUGUUCAUCUCAGCUCUGAUCCCCAAAGCUCUGGCGUCACUGCUCACCUCCUUCACACUGGCACUCAGUGGAAACGAACAGGAGAAGACACGUCGGCGAGCAAUGGAAGACCCUGAUUACCUGCAUAGAGUACUGCUGGAGGUUCAGAGACUUUGGCCUCCUUUUAUUGGUGGACGCAGAAUAGCUGAUCAGGACGCCACCCUCGCAGGGCUUCAUGUCCCAAAGGGUUAUGGUGCGAUCUAUAUCAGCCACUUUGUCCACCGUGACCCAGAGGUGUUCCAGCAGCCGGACAGCUUCCUGCCGGAGAGAUGGAGCGGAAGGAAUGCAGGCCAGGAGCACUUCCUGUGUUCCUUCGGCAGCGGGCCCAGAAGCUGCAUCGGAGUUAAACUUACCGAUUUCUUCCUUAAGGUGACUCCAUCAUGUUCAUAA